AUGGUCCUUCACCGUCCAUCGAGACUUUUUGGCCUCUCUCUACUGCUGCAAUUAGGACAGGGUAAAGCGGAUACAGUUGUCGUUCCUUCCUGUCCAAAGGAUACGGAGCCCGUGGCUAAUGAUUUUCAAUCAUUCUCAAUUGAGUUCUCAUAUUUCCCGGACUUCACUGGCAACAAAUCCCAUCCCAAUGAGUUCUCAAGGACAAUGCUGGGUAACUUGAAGGAUAUUACGGGUGUUGCGCCGGUAAUCAGAGUUGGAGGGACAACACAAGACAGGUCUGAAUACCGUCCGAACCAAAAAGAAACCAUCCGGAACAUCUUCGAGGACCCGGACGAUGACCAGCCCAUCCGCACCUACUUUGGGCCCGGUUUUUUCGAGUCCUACGAGGCUCUGGGUGACUUCCCAUACACCCACGGCUUGAACUUCAACGCGUCCAUAGCGCAAGAAGCCAGUUCCGCAAUCGCUGCGUGCAAAACGAUCAAAACCAGCAACCUGCAUCUCUACGAGCUAGGAAAUGAGAUCAACAUGGAGCCGUCGCGCUAUCGACCUGCCGACUACUCCAUGGCCGAUUACAUCCGUGACUGGAACCACAGGUCCACUUCUAUUGCGACUGCAUACAGAAAGGCAUGUGGCAGGCCAUUCCCUGGAAUGCUGGCGCCCAGCUUUAUCAUGCCUAGUUUCCAUGUGUCGGAAUCUAAGCCAUGGACGGUUGAAGGGAUCUAUGCUAAUGGGUAUGAUAAAGCCAAUCUCACGAGGGAGAUUGGCAUUCAUCAUUACAUGCAAGUCAACGAGCCGCCCCAACUUCCUCCAGCAACUCGUCUUGAGCAGGUCUUGAUGAACCACACCAACAUCGUUGAAGCUCUCGCGCCGCAUAUCCAACGCGCCAAGAAACUUGACUAUCUCGACCAUCCAUAUAUCUUGAGUGAGAUAAACAGCAUCGCGAAACAGGGACGCAAUGGCGAGAGCAAUGUUUUUGGCGAUGCCUUGUGGCUUGUUGACUUCUCCCUCUGGGCUGCAGAGCACAACAUCAGACGUCUCAACUUCCACCAAGGCACGAGCUACCGCUAUGCCUCGUGGCAGCCAAUCCUUAACAAAGGAAUCGCACCCACCACCAAGCCCCCAUACUAUGGCCAGAUCAUGGUCGCCACGGCCCUCGGACGUUCAGAGAAUAUGCGCAUCAGCAAUAUCCCUCUCUCGACACACACGGAUGCCGCAUAUGCGCUCUUUGACAAUACCAAGCUGUCCAAGCUUGUUGUCUUGAACAUGAAGGCUUUCAAUUCAACUUCAGGCGCUGAUUCGCGCUCUAGCCAGGAGUACAAGUUCAAGGUCCCUGAACAUUUGAGGAGUGCCAAGGUACAGCGGUUGAUUGCUCCUGGGAGUGAUGUGGAGAAGGAUGUUACUUUUGGAGGUGUUUCUUAUGAUUAUGAGCUGGAGAAGGGGAAUGCUGUUGUUGUGGACGACAUGGAGGAAAGUGUCGGAAUUGAGGAUGGGGUGCUUAGCAUUACGUUGCCGGAUUCUUCGGCUGUUCUUUUGACGCUGAAUUAG